GCACUUCUAAAGGACAAAAGCUCCUAUCUCCAAGCCCUGCCGGCACAAACCUCGCCGGCAGCGAGAGUGAAACUGGACUAUCUUGCAAAAACACUUUGAGCAAACAGCGCUCAAUGGAAAGCAUCUGAUAAGAGCAGCUGCACUGCUGGUGGCUCAGGCAAGAGGACUCCGGUGCCCCAUUAGGACUGCAGCUCCCUCGGGGCCGCACCACCUCCGCUCUCCGGGGACGCACCAUGUCCACCACCAUCUGCCAGGUGAUGGGGUUCCUCGUGUCAUCGCUGGGCGUUGGGGGGAGCAUCAUGGCCACGGCCAUGGACACGUGGAGCACGCAGGACCUGUAUGACAACCCGGUCACGGCCGUGUUCCAGUACCAGGGGCUGUGGAGGAGCUGCGUGCGGCAGGGCUCCGGCUUCACGGAGUGUCGGCCGUAUUUCACUAUCCUUGGGCUGCCAGCGAUGUUCCAGGCUGUGAGGGCCCUCAUGAUCGUGGGGAUCGUCCUGGGGCUUCUUGGCCUCUUUGUGUGCAUUUUUGCUCUGAAAUGCAUCCGGAUUGGGAGCAUGGAGGACACUGCCAAAGCCAACAUGACCCUGACCUCUGGCAUCAUGUUCAUCAUUGCUGGCCUGUGUGCCAUCACUGGCGUGUCCGUGUUUGCCAACAUGCUGGUCACAAACUUCUGGAUGUCCACCACCAACAUGUACCAGGGAAUGCAGAACGUCCAGAACAGGUACACCUUUGGCUCAGCCCUCUUUGUCGGAUGGGUGGCAGGGGGCCUGGCCCUCGUGGGAGGCAUCAUGAUGUGCCUUGCUUGCAAAGGGCUCAUCCCAGAAGAAUCCCGCUACAAGGCCGUGUCCUACAACGCCUCAGGCAGGAACAUCUCCUACAGGACGGGGCCCUACAAGGGGUAUGAAGCUGACCCAAAGACCAGGAAGGGGGUGGGAUAUGAAGAAGCUCCUCGAAGUGAGGAUGGGAGACGUCCGUACCCUUCGAAAUACGACUAUGUCUAGCAGACCUUCUGGCCUUGAGUUGUGCUCUCAGAGAUUUUUAACUUCACAAGCAAAAAGUGCAGCAAACCAAGCAGUCUGUAAAUAGGAUUGUGUUUUCUAGUAGGUUUUCUCUACUCUGAGGUUGCAUCUUUGUUGCGAACAUCAGUUUUACUCGACUGCCCGUUAGUAUUAACAGCGCCAGGAGGUCUGUGACCAAAGUAACGCCUUGUGGUGCUCUCAGAGUAGAACAUUUUGCUCCUAUUUUCUCUAUAAACUGAUAUCCAGGAGCAGUGCCUUGUGCCCUUUCUUAAUUGCUCAAAUAGUGAAAAUUCCCCUUUGAUAAUCGCUGUGUAUUUGAAGUAAAUUCUUUUGUGUCCCCUAGGCUGUGCCCAAAGUAAACAGAGCCUGUGGUCAGGGCAUGUUCCUCCCUGGUGACUUCUCUACCCAGUCCCACCUUUGCUUUUCUGGCUGUACUCUAACGCUGAUCUGCUCUGAUAUUUAAUCUGAUUUCUGUUACUUAGACGUUUGCUGGAGCCUGUGAUAGCAAAGUGUAUUUAUUUCUUUGGAUCUCUCCAGGGAAUGUGCAUAAUCCAUUGUUAUUCCUGCACUAAUAGCUCCCAACCUCCGUGUGCCACCGGUGUUCCUGCAGAUGUCAUCUUUAAUGGAGCCAGGAGAAUUUCUCAUUUAGAAUUAAUUAGAGUUACCUUUGGAGCAGGACUCCCAGGGAGCAUUAGAUGUGUAACUCCACACCGACAUCAGGACUUCCCUGUGGUAAUUCUCCCCCCAGUGAUGGGAAGAUUAACUCCACAGUGGAAUGUUGCCUCCUCCAGCCAAUCCAUCAGAGGGGGAUUUUAUCAGAGGGACACAUGUCAGAACUUUUGUGGGAAGAGAGAGCUGUGAGCUCUUAGCAGGUCCUCCCACCUAGCGCCAGAACACAUCCUAAAAAGCUCUAGACAAUGCCUAUGAAUAAAGGAAUAAGUUAGAGGGGAAAAAAGGGUUCCAGACCUUCCAAAAUAACCAUUUAAUGGCAUCCGCAGUGGGCUUGAGCACCAUUCCUCAGGAUUACAAGUUCUCUGAAGGAAUUCAGUUCAGGCAAAAUUAUUUUGGUGAAAUGCUGGUGUUCCCUGAGUGUUUGGUAUCUUGGAGGGAUCAGAAUCUACAGCUGAACAUUUCUGUAGAGUUGGACCUUUGUAAGGUCAAGUUGCCACCAGCUGAGCUGGCAUCUCAGGUGGCUCUGAGGAUUAGAGGGGGCAGGCUGUGCUCCCAGUGAGCACAAACUGCAUCCCCCUCCUCCCCAUGUGCAACAGUGCUCCAUAAAACUCAGUUUCCAUAACCCUCAGCUUUCCAUAAUCACCAGCUUUCCAUAACCAUCGCCUCUCCACCACCACAUGGAGGCAAAUCCCCAGCACAGGUCCAGGAGAUCCUGGGGAAGGUCAACAAGAGGAGGAGGGAACACCUGGCAGGUGGUUGGAGGGAACGACCACCAUGCAGAGGGGUGGGAAGAUCUUCCAGCCACUGGCAGCUCAGGCUGGACGUUGGCCACCUGGGAUAAACCCCUGUGAGAUGUCAGUACUGACCCUCCCAUUUGUUCCAGCAAAGAACUUGUUUUGAGGACUUGUUUUUAAAGGAGAAGAAUUUCUUUUGCAGAGGUAGAUCCUGUUCUGUUUUAGAAACAUUGCUACUCUUUUCCAUGGUUUGUAUCUCACAGUAUAAACUUAGAUUUUCUGCGUUUUUUUUGUUUUGUU